CGUGAUUAAGAGGGAGUGUGCUUCCUCAAUCGGACACUUCCACUUCCUACUGGGCCGGUACUAGUUUUGUGCAAAAAUGUCACAUCAAACAGGAAUAUCAGCAUCCAAGGGUUUGGCUGAUUUCUUUGCCAUUUGUAAGGAUGGAAGUAUUCGCUUAGUGAAAGUCUCUAUUGAAGAUGAACAACUUGUACUUUCUCACAACGAACAACCAGUGAAUACUUGGGAGGAGGAUUAUGACCAGCUGAUAUUGCCGCUGUUGGAGGAAAAGCAGCCAUGCUACAUCUUCUUCCGCACAGACGAACUUGGAGGCACAGGAGACACUUACCAGUGGAUCUUCAUCAGUUGGUCUCCAGACUUUUCACCAGUCCGCCAGAAGAUGUUGUAUGCGGGAACUAGGGCAACUUUAAGGAAGGAGUUCGGUGGCAAUUACAUCAAAGAUGAAGUUUUUGGAACUGCAAGGGAGGACGUGACGUUGGCAGGCUACAGGAAGCACCGGCAAUCCCAGCAGGCACCAGCGACGCUCACGUACGCCGAGGAGGAACUGGACUUGAUCAAGAAGAAUGAGGUUCAUGCGGAGAUCGGCAUCGACACGAAGCACCAAACAGUCCAGGGGGUGAUGUUCCCCCUCACACAGGCGGCCCGGGACAAGGUCCUGCAAUACAAGGAGGGCAUGUACUCAUACAUUCAACUUAGUUUAGAUCUCAAGGAAGAAGUGGUAGAUGUUGCGUUAGUUGAAGAAGACAUUAACCUGUCCAGACUAUCAUCUAAAGUCCCCAUGGACCACGCCCGUUACCAUCUGAUCAACUUCAAGCACACACACGAAGGUGACUACAUGGAAAACACAGUGUUCAUCUACUCCAUGCCGGGGUACAAGUGUUCCAUCAAGGAGAGGAUGCUUUACUCCAGCUGCAAGUCCCCACUCACAGACACCCUAGAGAUGUCCUACGGCAUCCCCAUUGUCAAAAAGAUUGAGAUUGAUGACCCAAAAGAAUUAACUGCGGAAUUCUUGCAAGAGGAGAUACACCCCAAGAAAAAUGCUGUGCGCCAAUCGUUUGCCAAGCCGAAGGGCCCGGGGGGUCGUGGUCCGCGGAGGAUGACGAAACCCAAACCUGCAGGAGAAGAUUGAUACGACAGAUGGCUAGGCUAACACAUCAUGUCACCUGUAUCAUCAUGUUAUCAUUGCUUUGCGCCAUGCUCAGGACAGAUCUUUAGUAUUUAUGUUUUUGUUAGGGUCCUUCAGUGAAGAGGAAAAAGUUUUUAAAGGGCAAGAGGGAAAAACUGUAAAUUUUGUCCAUAAAAAGAAUAAAACAUUAUACCAGAAAACAAACAAAACAAUUAAUCCAAAAUUAGACAGCAUAUUCAUAUAUAUUUUCCAUUAAGCACAAAUAUGGGUUGGAUUGUCUGUAAAACGAGAAAUUGUUUUGGGUCGGAAUUUCCUUCUGAGUAUAAAUUGAUUAAGUGACACAUUAGGAAAGUGGAAGUACUUUUUGUUUUAGGAGAUAUUGCUUUCAGUUUCAGUAUGCAAGCCAACACUUAUGUUGAGAUUUGUUAUUGUUUUCAUGAAGAGAGUUGUGUUCACAUGUUGAAAUAUGUUUUAUGCUAAAAAAAUCUAUAUUUUUGUUAUUUAUCAGAGUAUAUUUCUGAUGCGUUAGUAUGUGAAUGACAGAUGGGUACAAUAGCAGGAAGAUGAAAAAUUGAAAUGUAGCUUUGUAGAAUAUUUCAAUUUAUAUAUAUGGUUUUAGCUGUAAUUUAAAUAUGAUGUUGAGUCUCUCAGUUCUAAGUAUUCUGUUUGCAUUAACAUUACCUUAGAGCAUUAUUGAUUUUUAUUUUGAAUUUAUUUGGAUGAGGAUUUUUCAAAUUUGAAUGAAUUUGUGUAUGCAUAGUCUCUGUUCACGUUCAGUUUCCUGAUCAUGAAAAUAAAAGGGGUAUCUCCUUGCUUCGAGACACUUCUUUGAUGUGCAACUGCUGAGGGUUUUCCAAUAGUGUUCUUGAUGUAUUUAUUUUUAGUUAAUAAGUAUCGGCGAUAUAGUAAAGGGGAGUGUAACAUUUAUUUAACUUGAGCACAAUUCAAAACUGUGUACAUGUUUUAAGUAUAGGAGUACGAUACACUUUUUACCCCUUUUCACUCGGGAUUAAGAACAAUGAAAAGGAUGUAACAUGAUUUUAUAUAAUUUCUGUUUAGGUAACAACAAUCUUUAAUGUUAUUUAUUUGGAUCACUCCUUGAUUUCGUCUGUGCUGGUUAUGAUAAAUGUAGCGUGGUAUGGUAUAAGGGACACCUUCAUUAUGAACCAUGAUUAUUUGAAGCUAAUUACACCAACAUUUCCCUGUAUACUGUAACAUAAUAAACAUUUAUUUUUGUUAAAGAUGUCUGCUGGUUUGAUUUUGUGCGGGUAUCUCAACUCCAAUUGCUGUGUCAACAGUCCCUUAAUGAUAUUUGUCUUGUAAAUCGCCAAUAUGAAUCACAAAAAUAAGGUAAAAGGUUAACAUAACAGUAGUUUAUACAAAACAAAAGUUAAGUCCUAUAUUUUGCUUACAACAAUGGGAGACAUGUUCUUAUGACUGUGAUUUCUCUACAUUGCAACCUUGAUGCCUGAGGGAAGAUAUCUCACAGAUGAAAUUACCUGAGGCCUGCAUCACUGAAGGCUUUCCUUCCACAUUAACUGUUUACUUCUUGAUACAACUGGAACACUGGGGUGUUAACAAGUUUACUCUCAUUGACUGAGUAGCUGCACCCUAUGAAAUAAAUGGGAAUAUGUACUAGUUUUUGCUCAAAUAAUGCACAUUGUUUUUUCCCAUGUGUGUAGGAUAUAAAAAAAUGUUAAACACUUUUGUUUUCAAUUCUACUUUCAUUUAAAAGUGUUCACACAGUGAAGUAUUUGUUUCAGUAAAGAGUGACUUUCGUACACCUAAACCCAGAAAUAUGAACAGUGCUAAUGAUGCAUUAGUCAAUUAAAAGCUUUUACCUCUCCUUAGGAUGGAAUAAUACCAGCAGACAUCUUUAAGUUCUCGAAGUUGUAACUGUUUUUGUUAGCCCUGCCAACAUUCCUGGUGUACUGUUUCUACCGAGUCUAAGUCUUUUGUUUCCUUUUGGGUCACAUGUGCCCUUAUAGUCAUGUGUACCUAGCAAGGGUGGAUAACUCUGGAUGCUGCCUGUUCACAACAAAGGUAGGUAACUCUACAUUUAAUGUGUGGUUAACAGGGGCAGGUAACUUGGCUGAUCACACAGCAAGGGCAGAUAACUCAAAACGUAGGUUCAUGACAUCGAAAUCUGUCAUAGAUUUUGGUUAAUUCAGCAGGAAGCAAAAGACUUUCAAUUCUUGGACAUAUAGACUUUCUCAGGAUAUCUUGUGUUGAAUUCAGAUUGUUAUUGAUUGCUUGCUCACACUCAGUAUUCCAUUUCCUGUAUGUUCAGUUCUGUUUUACCCUAUCACACAUCGUCAGAAACCAUUUUCCUUGUCUCAUAAGAAGGUUGGCUUAUUUUUGCAUUGUGUUUUUGUUGUUGCUACCAACAGUAGGUGUUAAGGGUUUAUGCCCUUUUUCUCUAGUAAUUUCUGAUUAUGUCAUUCUGGGAAAGUCACCAGGAUAUGAACGGUAUGCUGAGACGUUGAAUUCAGCUGCUAAUUAGGUAGUCCUGGAAUGGUUCUGUUUCAGGUAAUGUGGUUCUGAAUGCUUGCCGAUUCUUGUCUAAUUGUUAAAGACUUAAAGGCAAAUGAUAAAUAUUAAAAUGUACUUUUGUAACACUAUUACAAGGAGAGCUGGGAAGAUAAUUCAGGUCACAAUAUAUGAACAGGGACAGUGUUACUGAUCUCAUUACACAAACCUCCUGCCUUAUCCUGGUAGUUUGUAUUAUAUGUAAUGAAUAAGCUUUGGAGAGGAAAACUUGACAUGAAACAUGCAGUUGUUUUGCAGUGGUUCUGUAAGGGCAUUGACUGGUAAGAGUUCCGCCCGUAACCACCCCUUGAAAUGUUAGGGUUAGGUCCUGACAUCUGAACCUUUUUAGAAAUCUUUUUAUUCCCCAGAACUUCUAAACCUAAAAAAAAAAAAAUAUAUAAGUGUCCCUUUUUAUAAACCCCAUCUAUAUUUAGGCACAAAAUGAUAAAAAAACGGGGGUUAAGGGUGGAACUUUCCCAUUGAUUUAGUCUAAAGUGUUGAAAUUGUUUUACUUACAGUAAUCUGUUUGACACUGUUAUAGCUAGGCAUGCUGCAGCCUUGUAUAAGAUGCCUUUGACAGUGGAUCAUGAUGAUCGUGCACUGGCUUAUUCCCUGAAAUCAUCCAUUGAUGGCGUCAGUUGUUGCUCAUUCAUUCAGUCACUGGUUUGUCUAAUCCAGACUUCAUUAUUUACAGACUGCUGUGAUAUAGCUUUAGCUGGAAUAUUGCUGCCUUUGCAGUUAAGCAACAUUCACUCCUUCACAUUGUGUGUCGUGGGCAAGAUGGUGGUAGGCCUUGAUGUAUCCUUAGAAUUUUAGAAAUAUUAGAGGAGGAUAGCAGUCGUUAGCAUUAACUUAAGGUAUGUUGAUUAAUAUGAUUGUCAUCUCCAUUUAUGUCACCUUCCAAUUGAGCAUUAAAUCCAUGCCCAUCUAAGUACAGUGUUAGGGUAGGUAAUUAUAUCAGUGCAGUGUAAGGGCGGUUAACUCUAUCAGUACAGUAUAAGGGCAGGUAACUCUAUCAGUCCAGAGCUGGUAACCUAUCACAACUUCAGCAUGGCAACAUUAUUUGAAUGUCUUUGGACCUUUCAUUCAGAUUUUAUUUAUAAUAAAGAACAAAUUGUGCUUUUCAUUGCAUCAAUUGUUGCGCAGACAAACAAAUACAUCCGCUGAAAUCAAAUUCAAGUAUAUUUAAUGGUUAUUAUUUCAUUAAGUAAGCAGUGCUCGAAAUAAACAAUCAAAGACUACAUUCAAAUUUUAGCAACUCAGAAUGAAUAGAAUUAGGGGUCCACAGAAUCGAUAAGGAGUCUAUGUACUGACAACUUUUCCAAAAACGUUAUCCAUUUAUUCUGAAGAGUGAUUGAAGUGAUUGUGAGUAAAAGUUCUUUGGUUAAAAUGGUGGCUAAGCUGGUGAAUAUAUUUUGUUUUAUGAAACCAGAAAGGUACAUAUUGUUCUGAACGUUUUAUGCAACUAGAUCCGUAGAUGUACACUUCACGUUUCUUUCCGGGAAUCAUCAACCACGUUAUCAAACUACCGUCCAGCCAGCUGAUAACAGCACUAACUGCAGCUGUACUUCGACUGUCAGAUAUAUUUUGCAAAUCGUGUUUUGAUGGAACAUGUUAUUUUCUGAUAGUGCUGUCUUAUCUGUUUCGGUCACUGUCUGAUCAUGUGCUUAGCUUAGCUUCUGGAUGGGUUUUCUUUCAUUCCUUGACUUUCAUACUAUAUAUCUUUGCUUAUCGCAAAAUUUUAACGAUGUAUAUAUGGAUCCGAAGAGCAUUGUUUGUGUGUAUGUACAUAGUUUUAACUUGUACACGUUUUGGAAAUUUUUGCAAUGAACAAUUAUGUCAAUGUGUUGAACAUUUCAAAAUGUGGGGAUAAUUAUCUUGCCCAUGAUUAGCCAAAACCUAUUUACAUUGAUGUGGAAGUCAUGAAACAGAAAGUGGUAAUUUUUCUUAAUAUUACUGAAAUGAAAAGACAGGUAUUUAUAAUUUAUGAGUGAACGAUGAAUUGAAAAAAAGUAUAGCUGUACAAAGUAAUGAAGGAUAUUUUUUUGAGACAUAAUGAAAUAUGAUAAUUAUUGCUCUUGUGAGUUUUUGCUGAUUUGAGAUGUAGACUAACAAUGAGUAUGGAUUAUGGCUAUUAUUAUGAUAUAAUAAUAAUGUGGUGAGUUCAUCCACCGUUUUGUCUUGUGUUUUCUGUACUAAGGUGCAAUCUGUACUUUCUGUGUAGGAGUGUUGGAUGUUUCGGUGGAGCUCUGCUGAGUGCCCUGUGCACUGUUUGGCUCCAGUGUUAAAGUGAUACCUGUUUACAAGGAGUGUUGAUAUUCGUUAGCAAAUAUUCUGUAAGAUACCUUUCUUGUAAAUAUUGAUACUAAUAAAUAAUUAUUUGUUCUUCAA